AUGAACUCUAGACAACGGUCUUCAUCUCUUCAAUCCUCCUUCUCUCGGAACAAGCAUUCCCAACAAUCAAAUCAGCAACGGCCCAUACGGUUAUUAUUUCCUGCAACAACAGAGGAAGAACGAGAAUUGCAAGAACAGCAUUAUAUUCCAUCCCGAUACAUUGUAGCCAUAGGAGAUGUUCAUGGCCAUUUACAAGCACUGCAAAAAUUAUUAAAAAAGUUGGAACAGCAUCUAGGAAAGGAUUUAUUUGAAAAAUAUCAUUUAGUUUUCUUGGGAGAUUAUGUUGACAGAGGCCCUCAAAUUAAGGAAACAAUAGAAUUCAUGAUUAGCUUAAAGAAACAACGAAAGCCAAAUACCACUCAUUUUCUAAUGGGCAAUCAUGAUCAUGCAUGUUCAAUGUUCUUAGGUUUAUUCGAUGAUGCUUUGGAGAAUGGAAAAUCGCUUGGUAUCACAUGUCAAAAUUAUACACGUGAAUUUGAGCUAUGGAAAGGUAUACAAGAAGUCGCAAAUAACAUGCAUCUUCAAGGCCGACGAUGGGGCAGUGGGUUUGUUUAUUCGAGUUUUAACACAUUCUACAGCUAUAUUUGUGAUUCAAAUUCGCAAAAAGAUAUGGAUGUGGUGGGUGACUUUAAAAAAUUUCAAUCUAAGGUUCCUGACGAACAUAAGAACUUUUUUCGAAAUUUACCUUGGGUGUUGUUUAACGAGGACAAUAUUUUUGUUCAUGGUGGUUUUCACUCUUACACGAACUUGAAAGAACAGUUAGUGCCGUUGUUCAAGAGAGACAUUUAUCAACCAAGAGUAAAACCUCUUUCUGAACGAGGGUACAUCGACAUGGAUGGCCACAAAGACACACAUAGAAGAAUUGUGAGUGGCCAUGUUCAGGUGAAAAAUGCCAAAGUGAGUUCGAAACGAGCCUUAAUUGAUAUCAGUGGUGGUGUAACAGGAGAAUUGUGUGCUUUAAUACUACCAUCAGCUAAGGUCAUUACCACGGAAGAAAAUUCUGUGCUUGUGAAAGGAGACAUGGACGACGAGGAAUUGCAAGAAUUAUUAAAGAGUGAUUAA